AGAGGAGUGAAAGAAAAUGGCGAUGGUUUGACAAUUUGUGUUGGUCAGCCACCUGUUUCUUUUAGUUGUUAUAGUCACACUGGGGGAAGGGUGUUGAUAAAAAACGAAAGAAAUCCCUAGGUGAUAACGCUGCGUAUGAAUUCAAAGGAUAAAGAAACCUCACAAGGCGGGAUCGAAGCCGCAAGUGUCUCUGAUACCCAAGCUUCCACUGGUGCCAGUGCUCUGCCUAAGAGUGAGGACAACAUGAAACGAGCAGCAGUGCGCCAGCUGAUUGAGAAGUACUACACUCAGCUGACAGAUGGGUGUGGCAAGGCAGACUGUGCCAACAAGGCAUGUGCAUCGUGCCCUGGAUUUUGCUAUAAGCACAUUGACCGCAAUCAAUUAGCAGUCCAUGCCAUGAAGUUGUGCCAAGAAAAGGCGGAUCUCUGUGAACAACAGCCUAAGAAGGUGGCCAAGUUUCCCGUCCAAGAAACCAACCAAGGCACUUCUUCGUCAAAAUCCAACAAGCCUGAUGGGGAUGGUGCUUCAACAUCUGGACAUACCAGUAGUAAAAGUAUUGUCUCCGAGGCCAAGAUAUACACAAGAAUUCCAGAAGUGAAAUUCCUAACACUUGAGAAAAUGAAAGAAGUAGUGGAUAGGUGUAAAGCACAAAAUGAUUGGGCAGAACUGAUAAGAACUGUUGGAGAAGUGUUCAAUAACCCAGAAUCACUCCUGCGGAGUUUUCGGAAAAGUGAAAGCAAACCUGAGACCAGAGAAGUGUCUGCUAAAACAUGUGGAGCAAGUGCCAUGGCAACAGCCACUGCCACACUCUCGGCAUCCGAUAUCCAUAAUGAACACACAUUAGACCUAGACUCAUUACGGGAGAUGUAUUCAAUAUUAAUGGACAUUCCCGAUCAUCCAUUUCAGGGUGCUCUGAAUCAUGCACUUCUUGUUCUUUCAAACACAGUUGACAUGGAUUUGAAAUACCACCAUGCGUAUGAUCGUGAUCCCAACUAUAUCAACAUCUUCAUCAUAGUGCUAGAGAUUCCACUUCUCCACAGCCCUGAAUUUAUUGAAAGUGCAUUUCCUGUGUUUUGUCGAGCCCUAGGUCAGUUGUCAGUUAAAGGCCAGGCAAAGCUGGCCCAGGUGUGGUCAACAUUCGGGACAGAUAAACUUCGGGAAACAUUGCAGUCCCUGCAGCAGCUCAUCACAGUGAAGGUGAUAAAGGAGGAAGGCCAGUGGGGGCGGGGUUAUCAUUUGAACGAUGAUGAAGGAAUUCUAAAUGCAACAAAAGUCAUGAAGAUAUUGUUCUAUGCCAGUAUUUAUGGUGGUAAGAGAGACUCACAAGCACUUUUAGAAGAAGAGAAGAAAACAAACGAAGCUGACGACAGUAUUCAGAAUGAAUUUCUUCAAGGUGCUGUAGCACAUGAACCAAAGGAGCCAUACCAACAGAAGGAAGACCCAUUAGGAAAGGAACUAGGUGUGAAUGUUCUAGACUGUAGAGAACCCUUAAUACCAUUUGAAGAGUUUGUUAAUGAGCCUCUAAAUGAGCAUAUAGACAUCAGCACAGAUUAUGCAUACUACAAAACAGACUCUGAUUUGAAGUUUUCUUUUGUGACACAUAAUUUUAUACUGACCACAGCGUCGAAGUACACCAGUAUGUACUUUGACAAUAGAAUCCGAAUGUUGAAUGAGAGAAGGACAUCGUUCUUACAUACAAUAGUUCAUGGAGGACCUCCAAUGCCGUAUCUCCGAAUUCGUGUUCGGCGAGAUCAUGUGAUAGAUGAUGCCUUAGUUGCGCUGGAGAUGGUCGCCAUGGACAACCCAGGGGAUCUGAAGAAACAGCUGUUUGUAGAGUUUGAUGGGGAGCAAGGUCUAGAUGAAGGCGGUGUAUCGAAGGAGUUUUUCCAGUUGGUGGUUGAGGAGCUGUUCAACCCAGAUAUAGGUAUGUUUACGUACAACGAAUCAACCCACCACUUCUGGUUUAACCCAAUGUCCUUUGAGAAUGACGGUCAGUUCACCCUGAUUGGUAUUGUCCUUGGUUUGGCAAUAUACAACAGCUGCAUCCUGGACAUCCACUUCCCCAUGGUUGUCUACCGCAAACUGCUCGGCAAGAAGGGCACAUACGACGAUCUCCAUGAUGUAGACCAGACUAUUGCCAGUAGUCUGACUCAGUUGCUAGAAUAUGAAGACGACGACAUUGCCGAUGUGUUCAUGCAGACAUUCAGGAUCGGACAUUCAGAUGUGUUUGGCUCAAUACUGUCUCAUGACCUGAAGGAAAAUGGAAAUGAAAUAUUUGUCACUCAGCAAAACAAGCAGGAGUUCGUUAACCUGUAUGCAGACUUUAUCUUGAACAAGAGUAUAGAGAGCCAGUUUCGUGCUUUCAAGCGAGGUUUUCUGAUGGUGACAAAUGAAAGCCCUUUCCGCCUUCUGUUCCGACCUGAGGAGGUGGAGCUGUUGGUGUGCGGUAGCAAGGAUCUAGACUUCUUUGCUCUGGAGGAGGCCACAGAAUAUGAUGGUGGAUUCACCAAAGAUUCCGCUUCAGUCAAAAACUUCUGGCAAGUAGUGCAUAGUUUAUCAGAAGACCAGAAGAAGAAACUGCUGCAGUUUACCACAGGAACAGAUCGGGUGCCAGUUGGGGGGCUGUCCAAGCUCAAGCUCAUCAUUGCUAGGAAUGGACCAGACUCAGACAGGUUGCCAACAUCACAUACAUGUUUCAACGUUCUUCUUCUUCCGGACUAUUGUUCAAAAGAAAAACUUCAGGAACGACUGCUCAAGGCUAUAACUCACGCCAAGGGCUUCGGAAUGCUGUGAUCUUAGUGACAUUAGUGACAGACCCUUGACUGCUCUGCUGCUAGCAACGAUGUAGUCCAGCUCACUUGCAUACCAGUCUUUCUUCACUGUUUAGUGAAAGAGCAAGUUCAAAAAUUGCAAGCACAAGACCCUCCCAUCUUACAAGUAUAGCAGUUGGGAUGUGGAGCUGUUUCAGGAACAGUUGUUGCAAAUUAUUGACUGAAACUGUUUAUGAAGCUGUUUAUGAAGCUGUGUUGAUAAUGUGCAAGUGAUUACGGUAAAUUAGUUCUGUGAUGCAAGAGACUUGACAAUUUUCCAGUUGAUUCAUAGCUUCUUUGAAAGCUCCUUAUAUUUCACUGGGUGUUGUGUCUCAUCUGUGAAAUUGUAUUCCUAAAAUGUACACCCAUUGAUUGAAGUGCUGUGGGGUAGAUGAGGUCUGUGUCAGCACACUGAAGACCUCGGUUCUAAUGCCCACAAGGUACACUGAUGCAUGUUUUAAGUCACAUGUUGAAUUGUUUUUUGACACCUGGAUGAUAAGCUUCUUGCUCAUUUACAUCCAUCCUUGACUAAACACAAGAAUAGUAGCUCUCUAAUCCCUAAGUUGAUUUCUCCGAGUCAUGAAUAAUUAAUCAUGUCACAGUUGUCUAGCAUGCACAAAUGGAAUUUAGUUUGCCUACAAGUUGACUGGUAUGUUCAAACUGCUAUACAGAAAGUGAGAAGCAUCAAGGACAGAUUUUUCAUAUUUACACAAAUCUGGUCAUGUAUCUCAAUUAUUUAUUUUGUGCUUUCAUUGAAUUCUAAAGUGCUAGGUCCAGUUUCUUGUAGCAAUUGUAAUUCUACGCCUGUCAAAAUGUUAUAGAUUUAGCAUCUCCCUUAAUGAAUGCUUUGACACUUCUUGCAUAAGACUUCAUUCGUGAUCUGUGAGAUUUUGAAGCUUGAA